AUGGCCAACAUCGUCACCCGCCCCCUCAGCAUCUUCCGCAAAAACGACUCCUCCAAGCCCCAGUCGCAGCUGCAAUCACAUUCACUACACACCAGAUGGGGCGACGCAGCCAUCUCCGCGCCAACAGACGGCUCCUGGAACCAGUACACUACCUUUACCCCUCACCAAUCUUCCUCCUCGACCCGCAGGAGCAAGAGCAAGAACAAGAACAAUAGCAAGAAUGAGAGCAUGGGCAAGCCAGCCUAUGAAGUGGAAUAUGUGCCUCGCACGCAUCAACUCAUCGAGCCACGCCCAAGCUCAACCUCGACCUCCUUGUCACGGCGUCUCUCUAUACGUCUAACGCCUAGAUCAAAGAGCUCCCACACGGACUGUGACACAACCGAACGCCAACCCCUCGUCGAGCGACGGGCUCAGUUCGCCUACAAACCCAUCCGCCAGGAUUAUCUCAGCGAAGUUGCCGAAAAGACACCAUCGGCGCCUCGAAUCACCGUCAACAGCGUCGACAAGCGGUCUGCAUCUCCAUCUCCUGCUUCGUCGCUGGAGCCGACGCCGUCGCCGUCAUCGUCGCGGUUCCGGUAUAUCCCUGCCUGCCCGCGGUACGAGGAGGAAUUCGCUCGCUCGCGCUUAUCUCGCGCGUACUCGGUCUCCUCAGGAGGUAGUCUCCACGCUGGAGACGAUGGGAACUGGGAGGAGGGCUUCAAACAUACCUGUGAGCGCGUGGACUCCGGCUCCGGCUCUCGGAGGAGUAGUUCGUCAGCGUCGGCGGCGAAGAAGCGUGUCUCCGCCAGACGCAUGACCAUGACUAUGGUGCCUGAUGCGGAGGAAAUCUAUGGAUGA